AAGAGCGAAGAUAGUUGCAAUUGAGUUUGUGUGUUGCGGGGCUGAGGAUGAAUUUGCCAUCUGGAGACGCUGUGUCCAUAGUAACAGGCAGCUGAUUGCGGCCGGCGCACAAACACUGAAACAGCUCCGGAAGGACGGCGAUGCUGUCCGGCUCCAUCCAGAUCUCCGGAGAGACCCUCUCCUCGGCGGAGGUGAAAGACAUUUGUGACUCUCUGAGGACCAAUUCGGUACGGCUAUUGUCGCUGAGGGGCUGUCACAUCUCAGACCGUGAUUUCCACCGCAUCAGCCGGCAUGUGGCGGACUGUCAAUCCUUGGCACAGCUCAACCUAAACCUUGGGGUAGUCAGUAACAUCAACCGAGUGAAACAGCUGGCAGAAGCACUGGCAUCCAACAGGUCCAUCCACUCCCUCUUCCUCCAUGGUACUCCCCUGACUGAUUCUGGACUAGCUGUACUGAACCCUGUCCUAUCCCUGCAUCCCUCCCUAAUAUCACUGGAUCUCGGAGACUGUAUUCUGGGAGAUGAAGGAAUGAAUCUCAUUUGUGGAUUGUUGCCGCCGGACGGGGCAAAGUCAGGUCUGAAAGAGCUAACACUGAGUGCUAAUCCUGCAAUUACAGUGAAGGGUUGGGCACGCCUGGCAAUAGCAGUUGCCCACAGUUCUCAACUUCGUGUCCUUAACUUGGAUUAUAAUCCUCUAGGUGACCACAUUGCAGGGAUGUUAGCAGUUGCUGUGGCUUCUAGUCGGACCCUAGAAGUGGUGGACCUGGAGGGGACAGGCCUUACGAAUCAGUCAGCUCAGAUAUUUCUGGACAUGGUAGAGAAUUAUCCCACCUCAAUACGGACUCUCAUCCUAGCAGAAAAUAAUAUCAGCUUGGAACUUCAGCAGCAAAUCUCUGAUCUACUUUCUGAGGGAGAGGAAGAGGAGGAAAAUGAAAAUGAAGGGCAAGAAGAUGCAGGAAGACAGAAGGAAAUCUGGAUUGCUCAGAGCAAUCCAGAAUCACAGGCUAUCCUCAUGUCAACACAACUUGAAGAUUCAUUGCUGGCAGAAACAGAAAUGUGACAACACAUGUUGUUGGAUCCCUUCUGUCGUAGGCCAUACUGCACUACCAUUCACCCAUGUCUUUAGGUGCUGCUGUUGGAACUGAUUGAGAGCAUAUGUCUAUAACCUUCGUUCAUUUACAGCUAGAGCCCGUGUGUGACACUGACCCUAAAAGCACUGGAGGGGCACCUCCAAUCACCUCACAUCAUGCCACUUUAUAUUUGUGUUUAUUUAUUUUUAACAACUUAAUUUAGUCUAUAUCACAACAGUCACCGCACUAAAAAUGUAAUGAAUUGUGUAAAGCACUGAGGGUUUUGAUGUGAUAAUGCACUGUGUAAACAAAGUUAUGAAUGAAUGUAUUAAGAGCAUGGA